AACCGGACUGCACCGGACUUGAGGCAUUGAAUACGGCUGAAUUGUACUGUGUCGCGUUAUAAAAUACCACCAGCUCAACAAAUCUGCAUCACCUUGUCAAAUGGAGAUUUAAAGUCAAGAAAGUGUGAUUUGAUCCACCAGAAAAUCCGCAUCCUGUCCCGCUCCCGUCUUGCAGAGAUGUUCACCCUGUCCGAGCUGGCAUGUCUGAAUGAACGGCAGAGCAGCUACAAGCUGCUGAAGCCCUGGUGGGAGGUGUUCAUGGACUACUUGGUGGUCCUCAUGCUCAUGGUGUCGGUGCUUGCCGGCACUCUGCUGCUCUCUCGCGACCGCGUGGUCUGCCUUCCCAUCCAGCCCACCCCACUGUCCAGCAACCUCAGCCUGGCCUCUCUGGGCACCUCCCCAGAAGACGUCCGCACUGCCCCAACCUCGCCAGCCUCCAGCCCCCCACCCCAGCCUCUCUUCCCCCCUCGCCUCCCUUCAUCGCCUGGGGCCAAGAGCUCGCCCCGGGGCCUCCGCACCAACCUGGACUACCAGCAGUACAUCUACAUCAGCCAGGUGUGCUACCACGAGGCGCUGCCCUGGUUCUCCCGUUUCUUCCCUUACGUGGCGCUUCUGCAGUCGCUGGUGCUGCUGGCCAGCGGCUGCUUCUGGUUCCACUUCCCGCUGACCUCGUCGCGCAUCGAACACUUCCUGGCCAUCCUGGCCAAGUGCUCCGAGUCGCCGUGGACGUCCCGCGCGCUCUCACACGCCGCGCGGCUGGACCGUGGCCAGGGGAGACCCGUGGAGGAUGGAGAGAAGGAGGAGGAGGAGGAGGGGGAGAGGCUGAAGGUGCACCUGCUACACCCCGUCCCCACUGCCUCCCUCACCAGACAGUCCAGCCUGGACUCAGGGACGGACAGCCCCCUGCUGGUCAGGUCGGGCAGCACGUCCACCGCCGCCCCUCCGUCGCCCUGCCCGUCCACACUGUCACGCACCUCCUCACUGUCCACUUUGUCCUUCACUGACACCGGCUCUCCUCAGCCACAGAUGUCCCGCGUCGUCCCGGAUGCGACGAGGCCAACUGCAAGACUGGACCGCAGCGAUGGGGAGCAGGCGCGGGCGCUGUUUGAGAGAGUGAGGCGCUUCCGGGCCCACUGUGAGAGCUCUGAUAUCAUCUACAAGGUUUACAUCGCUCAAACAGUUUUCAAGGUCCUGAAGGUCGUUCUUAUCGUGAGCUACACCACCCCUCUGCUGGGAUCCAUCACCUUCAUCCACGUCUGCCAGCCCCUGUCCCACGCCCUGACGGGCUACCAAGCCUUCGAGUGCACCCAUGCCCUGGCCUCGGUCCUGCACAAGCUGCUGGUGGUCUACCUGUGUCUGGUGGGCCUCUUCGGCCUGCUGGGCCUCUACACGCUCAGCUGGAUCUGCCACAAGUCCUUGCGGAAGUACUCCUUCCAGUGCCUACACGAGACCGGCUCCAUGCUGGACGUGCCGGACCUGUGCAAUGACCUGGCCUUCCUGCUCCACAUGGCCGACCAGUACGACCCACUGCUGGCGCACCGUCUCUCCGUCUUCCUGUCGCCGGUCAGCGAGACGCGGCUGCUUGAGGAGAACCUGGAGCGGCGCUGGGGUGCGGAACGCCUGCGGGGCAUGACCACCUGUGACCCACAGGGCCGCACGCAGCUUCAGCUGGUGGCCCUGUCCAGCCUGCCCCCUGCCCUCUUCACCCUCAGCCAGCUGGAGGUGCUUAAGCUGGAGCUCAUCGCUGAUGCCAAGCUUCCCACACAGAUCUCCAACAUGACAGCCCUCAGGGAGUUGCAUCUCUAUCACUGCACAGCUGCAUUGGAACCGGGCGCUCUUCUGCAUCUGCAGGAGCGUCUGGAGGUCCUGCACCUCACCUUCACUCAGGCCACAGACAUCCCUGGCUGGGUGUACUCUCUUCGUGGCCUCCAGGAGUUGCACAUGACCGGUCACCUGGGCUGCGAGAGUGGUGUGGGUCGUGGCUGGGCGCUGGGCAGCUUGCGGCAGCUGCGCCACCUGCGCGUGCUCACGCUCCGCGCCUCCCUGCAGCGCAUCCCAGCCGAGCUGGGCGAGGUGGCGGGCAGCCUUUUGCGCCUGGAGGUCCACAACGAGGGCGCCCGGCUCCUGGUGCUCACGGGGCUGCGGCGGCUGGCCGGCCUGACCGAGCUCCAGCUCCAGGGCUGCCAGCUGGAGCGCCUGCCCUCUGCGCUUUUGGCCCUGGCGGGCCUCCGUAGUCUGGACCUGCAGCACAACUGCCUGCGCACCCUGGAGGAGCUGCUGAGCCUUCAGCACCUGCGCCGCCUCUCCUGCUUGCGGCUCGCACACAACCGCGUGCUCGCCCUGCCUUCCAGCGUGGGCGUUUUGCGGCGGCUCGAGCUCCUGGACCUGGCCCACAACGAGCUGCAGAGCCUGCCCCCGGCCCUCUUCACCCUCCACAGGCUCCGGCGGCUCUACCUGGCCGGCAACCUACUGGAGGUCCUGCCGGCGGAGGUGGGCUCCCUGGCGCUGCUCCGGGAGCUCGAUGUGAGUGGGAACCGGCUGGAGAGCCUCCCGGCGGAGCUCUGCACGAACUGCCUGGAGCUCCGCAACCUGAACGUGAGCUUCAACUCUCUGGGCACUCUCCCCCCAGACGUUGGCUCUCUGAACCAACUCUCGCAGCUGGACCUGAGAGGUAACAGUCUGGAGCAGCUCCCGGCAGAGCUGGGCUGCUGCGCCGGGCUGUGUGGCGGAGGCCUGCUAGUGGAGAACUGGCUGCUUCACUCGCUACCUCGUCACGUCAGGGACCUCCUGACGCGGCCCUGCUCGUCCUCCACCUCCUCUUCCUCCCAGCCGCCCUCCCGACCAGAGUCUGACAGUUUCCCCACUUUCUCCACCAGUCACUGGAGCUUCCUAUUGGCAGCAGAGUCUCGGAUAUGAAGGCAAACAAUGGCUUCCAGUGUUUCCCAUACAUUGACUUAUUUGUGGCGGCCCACCACAAUAUCAACAUUGACCACCACACAAUGAUUUUCCUGGUUGUACUAAAUUGUGUUAAAUCUGGUUAGAAUCAAAACCACAUUGCACUAAUUUGUUAAAAACUGUUGCAUUCAGGUUAAUUCUGCAAACCUACCACCACAAAUAGAAUUCAAUUCUGUGGGAAACACUGGCUUCAGAGACAGGCACCAAGAAGAGGUAAAUAACAGCAGUGUUACUGAAUGAACUGAAAUUUUGCAUAACACAACUAAGCAUGUUAAUUCUUGUACUAUAUCGGGGCAACAAAACAAAAGGCCACAUGCUAAAUUUAAAAUGUAGGCUAUAUAAUCAAGCUAAGGUAGGCUUCCUCUAAAAGAGUAAUUAAUUCUGCUCACAAUGGUAUUGCUAUUGCUACUUUUUUUUGUAACAUUCAUUCUAAAGGGUGUAGGAGGAAAUUUUAACCUUUCAAAUCUGUGUGCAAGAAAACCACAUACUGUAUGUGUGUUCUGUAUAAUUUACUCAUGUGCUCUUUUACUUUUGUUUGUGAGCAAGUUAUUCAUAGAAGUGUAUAAGUGAAGAGAAAUUGGGAUGAUGAGAGAUGUUUAGCAUUUGUGACAUUUUUUCUCAAGGUGAUUGGGCCUACGUGCUGGUUUGUUAAGAUAGAGGGGGCCCUGAGAUGGAGCUGUCAUCUUCACUAAGGAGGUUGGCGCCUUCAUGUAUGUUAGGUCAAAGUUUGGGUAAAUGUUACUGAUGUCGGUUGUUAAGGGAUACAUCCUUGAGUGCAAUGUUGGACGAGUUUGGGUGAUAUGGUCAGUGAAUAUUUGUCAUACCACAGAUGGAGAUGUAAGCUUUUGACAUGCUCUAUAAGAACUGUGCCUUUUCUCUUUAUCUUCAGACUACGUGUAUUAGCGACAUGGCGUAGGUCGAGAUUUCUGAACUUCUGACUGACUGCUGACUCUGCCUGAGAAAUGUUUUGAACAAUCCAGAAUUUUAGCAUGAAAAGGGGAUCUUGUAUGUUGAAUUGUAGGCCUAAGUCAGAGGUGGUUUGACCUGAUAAUUUGCUUCAACUAACAAAAUGUCUAAUAAAGGUACACAGGCCAAGCAAAUAUAAUGACAAGGCAUCUUCAUAAAUGUGUGUAUUCAAAUGUAAAGUUACAUUCUUUUUUGUGGCUAUAGCAGCAAACUGUGAGUCACCAUAGGGAUCAUGCUAAUGAAUAAAUAUUCUCUAAAUCCUG